AUGUGCUGUUGGAUACUAUGUGUCGCAUUUCUUGUUUCAUGAGAGCAAAGCAAAAGAAGGGCAGAAGCUGGUGCAGACAUUGCGGAUUGAUGUUCUGAUCACUGUCCAUUGGUGGUCUCAUUUCAAAACAAAAGCUGGAUAAAGAAAGAGAGUUUCAGAUGGGGAAGAAGAGAAGAGGAAGAGGAAGAGCAUGUGUUGUUGUGUUAGGAGAUAUAGGACGCAGCCCUCGUAUGCAGUAUCACGCGCUGUCCCUUGCUCUUCAGGCAUCUCUACAAGUGGACAUUGUUGCCUAUGGAGGUUCUGAACCCCAUAUGGCACUGCUACAGAAUCAGUCUAUUCAUAUCCACAAAAUGAAACAGUGGCCAGUACUUCCUCAAUCCCUACCCAAGUUGCUUAAAGCCUUGGUUCUCGUGCUCAAACCUUUAUUUCAGUUUUUUGUGCUGCUUUGGCAUCUCUGCUUCAAAGUUCCAGCCCCUGAUGUUUUCAUUGUGCAGAAUCCACCUUCUGUUCCAACCUUGGUGGCUGUAAAAUGGGCAAGCUGGCUGAGGAAUUCUGCAUUUAUUGUUGAUUGGCAUAACUUUGGAUAUACGUUAUUGGCUUUGUCCCUUGGAAGAAACAGUCGAUUUGUAGCAGUAUAUCGUUGGUUCGAGAGACAUUAUGGGAGGAUGGCUAAUGGUUCCCUGUGUGUAACAAAGGCAAUGCAACAUGAACUGGCUCAAAACUGGGGAAUUAACGCUACAGUUCUCUAUGAUCAGCCUCCUGAGUUUUUUAGUCCUACUUCACUCGAGGAGAAGCAUAAGUUGUUCUGCAGAUUAGAUAAAUACAUCAUUCAGCCUGGCAGUAUUCAUGAUUGUGCCAGCUAUGGAAUGGGGAACCACAAUGUAAAUGAAACAAUGUUUACCACCAGUGUUGAUGGUGAUACCAUCUUAAAGCCAAACAGACCAGCACUUGUUGUUAGCAGUACAAGCUGGACGCCAGAUGAGGAUUUUGGCAUUCUCCUUGAAGCUGCAGUAAUGUAUGAUAGACGUGUUGCUGCAAUCUUAAAUGAAAAUGACUCUUCUCUUGAUGAGGUCCUUUGGAAGGAAUUAACCAAGGGGAAACAGUGCUUAUAUCCCAGGUUGUUAUUUGUCAUUACAGGUAAGGGGCCUGAAAAGGAAAAAUAUGAAGAAAAAAUAAGGCGGUUACACCUGAAACGUGUGGCAUUUCGUACCAUGUGGUUGUCAGCUGAGGAUUAUCCAUUGCUUCUAGGCUCAGCAGACCUAGGUGUGUGCUUGCAUACUUCAUCAUCGGGGUUGGACCUUCCCAUGAAGGUUGUGGACAUGUUCGGAUGUGGACUGCCUGUUUGUGCUGUUGCCUACUCUUGCAUCAAGGAGUUAGUUGAAGUUGAUAAAAACGGUCUCCUCUUUUCGUCAUCUUCAGAGCUAGCUGAUGAGCUUUUGAUGUUGUUCAAGGGUUAUCCAGAUGAAUGUAAUGCACUGAAGUUGCUAAGAAAUGGUGCUCUGGAAAAGAGUUCUUCAAGGUGGGCUACUGAAUGGGAAGCGCAUGCUAAGCCAUUAAUAACUGAGGUUAUUUCCAAGACUUCAAAUUAAUUUCUGGUCUCAAGUUGAAUGUUUGUUGGAAAGUAAUAUAAAGAGAUUGAAAUUCAAGGACUAGAACGAGAAAUGCAAACACGCUUAAUGAUGUCAAGGACAGCCUUUUGAGUAACUAGGAUUAACUUUGUAACAGCUCAUUGCAGCGCUGGAGACCGGGCAAAGGUUUAAUGGCCUAGUUUUUUCUGGCAUUGCUCUGCUGCUGGGCAUCUUUGCAGCAGGAUGCUUUAAUAUUUGAGAAAUGGCUCAGUUUUAUUUUACAGGCAUUGUUAGGGUAAAGGAAGGGAAGGGCUCCCAUGUCAUGAUUUGCUGUUUAUGUAAUGAAAUGUUAUUCCUGUCCCAUUGCGAUUACAGCCCCCAUCACCCCUAUUUGGCAGGCAUUGAGGUUGCAACUGUGUGAACUGAAUUGUAUACUUUUCAUCUGAAUCUGCUUAACAGUGUUUCAA